GUUUUAAUAGAAUCUUCCUGUUGAAGAGUUCAUACAUUUUUGCAAGCUGAGGAGGACAGACAAAUAGAACUACCACAGGAUUAAAGCGUAAUGGCACACAUAUCUAUAUCUGCUUCAAAACCAGUAGGGACUCUUCUGUUUUGGGUCUGUCUUUGUCUAAUGGUCUCAACUCUGCAGACCCUGGUACCAGAUGAACAGAGACAAACUGUGAGACAGACUGCAUCAACCAUGCCGACAGAAGUACAAACCACUGCAUACACCAGAGCAGAUCCUGGCUAUGGAGAUAGAGGAACAUUUGGCUGUGCUAACAUGAGCACCUGUGACACAUACUGUAUACUUUGUGUGAACAAUUCCUGGAGAACCCAAGAAUGCUAUGAACUGCUGGUGCAAUGGUGUCAAGUUCAUUUUGAUGAUGCUAUGCUGUCCAUGAACAGUAACGACUGGUGUUCACUGGAAAAAAUAAAAAGUGCAUACAACAAUUUCACUGUGUGUACGGAGUCUGUUGCUGACUGUCUGCUGAUUCCCUGGCCGAAUCAGUUGGUUGAAAACUUAUUUGUAGAUAUCCACACCACCUAUUUUCAAGAAUGCCCCACAGAGGCACUGAAGGACCCCCCUCCCAGCAUCAUCCUUGCCCUUGUCAUGACCCCCAUAUGCCUAAUCCCUGUUAUGGUGGUCCUAGUUGUUCUCAAGACUAAGAAUGGAGACAGGAGGUCCUAGAGAAGAUUCCAGGUGCAAGAAGAUUUUGUAUGCCUCCUUCUGCUCUGUUUCUUAUUCAUUCAGGAGGGUAUCCCACCCUGGGAUAAUGUCCUGGCCCAACACUCCCCAGUGAAUGUGCACCUGGCGGUCUCCAGGUUCGACUUAACCAGGAUGGAGGAUAAGCAUUUGUUCUAGGGGUGACCUCUGACUGGAAAAUGUUACUGUACUUCAGUGGAAUAAUUGUUGGUUAUAGUUGUAUGUAUUUAUCAUUAACUUACAGCUAAUGUGCAGUACAGAUAUUUCACAGCAUUAUUAUCUCCAAACUGCACAUAUAGGUUUUGUUGUCUUCAGGAUGUAAAUACAUAAUCCAUUGAAAUGUGAAAUGGCAAUGGAAAAAAAGGUUCAUUUGAAGCAUUCAGACGAAUUGUGUACAUAACCAGAUGUACAGAACAACAAUGCAAAAUCACAAACUAAUUUGAGUGUCCACUUUAUGCACUGUAAGAAAUCAUUAACCCAUGUUUUAAUGCAGAUUUUGUUGUUAGUUAAGUGACAAGAGCUGUUUAGCUGAGAAUAAUGUCUUUGUGAUUUCAUUUCUAUUGUGACACAAGUCAUAACGAUUGACUUUUUAAAUUUAUUAUGACAGCUAUUGAGAAAUUAAGCAUAAAUGAAUCAAUCUGAAUGCACGACAAAACAAAGCCGACUGAAAGUCACCCAUUUCAAUAGGCAGCUUAUUAAAUAUCUGUUUAUUUAUGUAAGUUAAUGACAUGCACAUGUCUCUGAAAAGAAAAGAUUUAAGAGGGAAGGGAAUGUCAGCAAAUGUUCAUUUUAAUUUGACUGUGCCCCUCACACAGAACUGCAUUGUACUUUGCUUACAAUAUAAUUACUGUAUCAAUGUAGUCACAUGAAAGAGAUUGCAUUAGUUUGUGUUUGUUUGUUUGUUUUUUUAUAUAUAAUUAAUAAUUUCAGUAAUUGGUUAUGAAGGAUGAGUCUUAUAAGAGAAAACUGAGAACUUUUUUCAAGUGUAUGUUUGCAUAUUGUUCUCUUUGUUCUCACUUUAAGAGCCUGCAAACAGUUUUAUACUUUAAUACUUCACCUCCUACUUUGAUUGGACAUGUUUUUAUAUAAUUAAAUAUUAAACCACAUUGUGAUUUUA